AUGACAACUCUUGUUCCAGCAACCCUCUCCUUCCUUCUCCUCUGGACCCUGCCAGGGCAGGUCCUCCUCAGGGUGGCCUUGGCAAAAGAAGAAGUCAAAUCUGGGACCAAGGUGUCCCAGCCCAUGUCCCCCUCUGAUUUCCUGGACAAGCUUAUGGGGCGAACAUCUGGAUAUGAUGCCAGGAUUCGGCCCAAUUUUAAAGGCCCACCUGUGAACGUGACCUGCAACAUCUUCAUCAACAGUUUCAGCUCCAUCACCGAGACUACCAUAGACUACCGGGUGAACGUCUUCUUGCGGCAGCAGUGGAAUGACCCACGCCUGGCCUACCGAGAAUAUCCUGAUGACUCGCUGGACCUCGAUCCCUCCAUGCUGGACUCGAUUUGGAAGCCAGACCUGUUCUUUGCCAAUGAGAAAGGGGCCAAUUUCCACGAGGUGACCACAGACAACAAGUUGCUGCGCAUCUUCAAGAAUGGAAACGUGCUCUACAGCAUCAGGCUGACUCUCAUUUUAUCCUGCCCAAUGGACCUGAAGAACUUCCCCAUGGAUAUCCAGACCUGCACGAUGCAGCUGGAGAGCUUUGGCUACACCAUGAAUGACCUCGUGUUUGAGUGGCUGGAAGAUGCUCCUGCUGUCCAAGUGGCUGAGGGGUUGACUCUGCCCCAGUUUAUCUUGCGGGAUGAGAAGGAUCUAGGCUAUUGUACCAAGCGCUACAACACAGGGAAAUUCACCUGCAUCGUGGUAAAGUUUCACCUGGAACGACAGAUGGGCUACUAUCUGAUUCAGAUGUAUAUCCCCAGCCUACUCAUCGUCAUCCUGUCCUGGGUCUCCUUCUGGAUCAACAUGGAUGCUGCCCCUGCCCGGGUGGGCCUAGGCAUCACCACUGUGCUCACCAUGACAACUCAGAGCUCUGGCUCCCGGGCCUCUUUGCCUAAGGUGAAGAGACAUGCAAGGGAACUUGCUUGCCAUAGAGCUCCCCAUUUCCCAUUCAUCCUGUUCCCUCCUGCUGACUAUUUUCCUUGGAUUUAA